GCCGCCCCUUCGCCGCCGACUGGCUGCGGGCUGCGGCCGGGGCGGGGACGUGGAGCCGUCCGUCGCGGCGCCCUCGGGCAGGGACCGACCCGCAGGUGGAAGCGCCCCGGGGAGGCGGGGCCGCCCCGGGCUGCCGUGGGUCGAGGCGGGCUCUCGGCUGGCCCGCUCCCGCCCUGACCCGCCGGCCUCUCCCACCCCAGCAGUGACGCGCCGCCUCCGAGCCCGAGCCCGCGCCGCGGCCAGCAGCGCGAUGGACCGCAGCGUCCCGGAUCCCGUACCUCGCAGCGCGCCCCGCACCCCCGCCACGCAGGCCGCGGGCUCCGCAGGGAGGAAAACAAAGGCCAAGGCACCUCUUCCUCCCGCCGAGAUGAAGGGCACGGAUGCCUCUUCUGCUGAGGACCCUGUAGAAUCUCCUGCUGUCAUCACUGAGCAACAAGACAAUAUGAUAGAUAAAGACAUCGAACUCUCAGUGGUCCUGCCUGGAGAUAUUCUCAAGUCCACGACUGUUCAUGGCAGUAAGCCAAUGAUGGACUUGCUCGUGUUCCUCUGUGCACAGUAUCGCUUAAAUCCAUCAAGCCACACGAUUGAUUUGUUGUCUGCUGAAGAGAAUCUUAUCAAAUUUAAGCCAAACACACCAAUAGGAAUGCUGGAUGUAGAGAAGGUAAUUUUAAAACCAAAAUCUCUGGAUAAGAAAAAGCCUACACCUAUAAUCCCAGAGAAAACUGUGAGAGUAGUGAUCAACUUUAAGAAAACACAGAAGACCAUAGUGAGAGUUAGCCCCCACGCACCGCUUCAAGAUCUUGUUCCCAUCAUAUGCAGUAAAUGUGAGUUUGACCCGUUGCACACAGUGCUGUUGAAGGAUUACCAGGCUCAGGAGCCCCUGGACUUGACAAAAUCUCUUAAUGACUUGGGACUAAGAGAGUUAUAUGCCAUGGAUAUCAGCAGAGCCCCCUCUGUUACUGCCUUCAGUAAGUCAUCUUUCCAAGAGUCCUGCCAAAUAUCACACAACCCGGACAUUGUGAAGGAGAAAGAAAACAAAGGGAUUUUCAGCUUUUUCCAGCGCAGUAAGAAAAAGCGGGAGCAAACUGCCAGUGCUCCUGCAACCCCGCUAGUGAGCAAGCACCGUCCAUCUUUUACGAGGUCCAACACCAUUUCCAAACCCUACAUUUCCAACACGCUGCCCUCGGAUGCACCCAAGAAGAGGCGUGCCCCACUGCCACCCAUGCCCCCAUCCCAGGGUGCUGCUCAGGGCCAGGAGAGGCGGGCUUCUUGUGUGGAGAGAUGCACCAGUGUGGAUGAUACUGAUAAGAGUUCCUCUGAAGCAUUCAUGGUGAGGACAGGAUCACUGCAGCUCAGUAGCACAUCAGUAGGAACUUCAUCUCUGAAGAGAACAAAGCGAAAAGCACCUGCCCCACCUUCGAAAACCUCCCUGGCUCAGACGAAUGAAAGGAACUCUGCAGCUGCUCAUGGCUUACCUUUGGAAGAUGGAGUUGCUCCAGACAGUAUUUUGGAAGUGAGCUCUCCCGAGGGAAUGUCUAGCCCAGAGGGCUCCCUUGGCCCCGGCUUCCUAAGCCAGGAGCAGUGCGCUGUGCCCAAGCCGACGACAGAUGAAAUCUCUGAGGGCCCUGGAACUCCAGAGGCAGCUGUAGCAUCCUUGACCUCUGGUGUAAGCUCUGAUUACAGUCUUGAAGAGAUAGAUGAAAAGGAAGAAUUGGGCGAGGCAUCUAAAGAUCAGGCUGGAAGUAGUUCUGUGAAGUUGUCUGACAUUGCUUCAGCAUCUACUGAUAUAACUACAGUGGAGAAUUAUCCGGAUUCAGCCCUUGGCAUCAGUGAUGGAGAGACGUCUCCAAAUUCCAAGGGAAAAACUCAGGAAGGCAGAAACACAGAGGGGCAAGGGCCACAUCACCCUGUUGUAUGCCAUCUAGGCAAUGAGGACAAAGAAUCUGACAGUAUAAAAGACUUGAAGACAUUGGGCCCAAACCAAGAGAGUGUAGUUCAAAAUGAAAUCAUGGUCUGUGCCACAAGCACAGAUUAUGUGACAGACAGACCGAGGAAAAUGGAAACCACCAUAGAAGGUGAAGCACCGAAGAAAGCCAGCGACGUGGAAGCUGAUAGAUUGUCAGGCUCUCCUGCAUGUAGAGUGGAUAAUGUUAAAAGUUCGAGGGAAAAUCAUCUAACGGCAUCACCAGGACCAGAUCAAAAAUGGAAUCAACCAGGUGUAGAGAGGACAGAAAUGCAGGAUGCAGCAGUUCAGGCCUCCCCUGUGCACAGCACUUUUGAUGGGAAUCACGAAGCCCAUAAUUCAUCUGACCUCAGGGUUGAUGAGACUGUGCAGACUUCAGAGAGCAGCACAUCAACUCGGCACUCCUCUGCAAGUCUCCAAGAUUCUGUAAAUGCCUCAAGAGAAUUCAGGAGUCAGGGCACCUCAACAUAUGUACAAGAUAGACUCCCUGGGAAAGAACCGGCUUGUACACAUGGGAACGGUGACCCUCUGUCGCCUGUAGAUGGAAGUGAUAAGAAUCCAGCUGCUUCUUACCUAAGGAACUUUCCACUUUAUAGGCAAGACUACAACCCCAAGCCGAAACCUUCAAAUGAGAUUACGAGAGAGUAUAUACCUAAAAUUGGAAUGACUACUUAUAAAAUAGUGCCUCCUCCAAAGUCCCUGGAAAUGGUGAAAGACUGGGAAUCAGAAGCAGCUGGGAAGAAAGAUGACCAAAAGAUGCUUACUCUAGGGCAAAGGCACACGAUUGAGAAUAUGACAGAAACCACCUUGCAGAUAGAAGCCCCUGAUACUUCUAAAAGCUCACCGCAGCCCCAGCCUGACCUUAAACCAAAGCCCGGCUCAGGAAUGGAGCGUCAUUUGCAUAGGACUGUGAGCUCACCAGUUGGUACUGAGAUGAACCCUCCCAAACCUCCCAGACUGACAACGGACACGGGCACCAUUCCUUUUGCACCAAAUUUGGAAGAUAUAAACAAUAUUUUGGAGUCAAAAUUUAGAUCCCGAGCUUCAAAUCCCCAGGCCAAACCAAGUUCGUUCUUCUUGCAAAUGCAAAAGAGAGCAUCAGGCCACUAUGUGACAUCUGCCGCUGCUAAGAGCGUUCACACUGGCCCUGGGCCUAUCCCUAAAGAACCAACACUCAAGGAGGCACAACGAGACCCACAGCUUUCUCCAGAUCAGCGUCUUUCUCCUUUAAGUGAAAGGACUCACUCUGCUCCACUGCCCAGUAUUUCAAAAGCUGAUGAUGAUAUAGUUCAGAAGCCUGCUGAGAUCUCUCCUCCUCCUGUAGCUCCCAAACCUAUGACUCUUCCUGCUGAGGCCUCUCUUCCUCCUGUAGCUCCCAAACCUAUGACUCUUCCUGGUAGUCAGGGAGCAUCACUAAACCUGAAGACCUUGAAAACAUUCGGGGCCCCAAGACCAUACUCCAGUUCGGGCCCCUCACCCUUUGCCCUUGCUGUGGUGAAAAGGUCACAGUCGUUCAGUAAGGCAUGCCCAGAGUCACCCAGUGAGGGCUCCUCUGCCCAGUCUUCAGCUGCCACACAGGAUGAAAAGACACAGGCAGUAAAUAAGUCUAUGGUGGGCUCCCAACAUGACGAUGUCGAUAAGCAAAAUAAACCUGUAGAGAACGAGCACAGCUCUCAAAUGCUGACUCUGGCUGAUGGCCCGUCGUUCACCCUUAAGAGACAGAGUUCUCUGACAUUCCAGAGCUCUGACCCAGAGCACGUCCGACAGAGCUUGCUCACUGCAAUCCGGUCUGGAGAGGCAGCUGCCAAGUUGAAGAGAGUUACUGUCCCAUCGAAUACAAUAUCUGUGAAUGGGAGGCCGGGGCUCAGCCAGUCCAUGUCCAUUGACGCCCAGGACAGUCGCUAAUAUUACCCUGCUGUGACACACUUCACCGACCAGCUUUCUGCCUAUAAGAAAUAUUGACAAAUAUAUAUUCAGAUGUAUAUUAAUAUAUAAAUCUGUCCAAGAAUAAACAUUUGUAUUAUGGAUUUAAUGCCAAAAGAAAAAUGAGUAGAAUUCAUAAUUUAUAAUAAUUUUUAGCCUUUUUGUUAUAGCUAAAUACUGCUGCUUUAGAAAUGUUAAACAAGGUGUAAAUGACUUGGUUUCUUCCAAUGAUGAAUAAUCACUGCUUAUGUUUUUUUUUUCUUAUGGACAUGCUGUGCACCAUGAAACUAAGGUGUAAAUUGAGAUUUAUAGACAUAUUGUAUGACACAGAAAUAGGCAAGUACAGACUAACAUUUACUGCCUCAGUGUUAGGCUAUAAUUAGAAAGAUAAAUUACAGUAUGGCAUUUGUUGCUGAAAGAUGUGGAAGACUAGUAAAUCAAAUAAAUAAUGUUCAGUUAUUUUUAUUGAAGAAUCAUUACUAGACUUAUGUAUUCUUUAAAUACAACUGUAGGAAACAGUUAAGUAUUUUUAAAUAGAACACUUUAACCUUUUAGAAGUCAAAUUGCACAAGAAGACUUUAAGAUAUUUUCUGUAUAUAAUUAUGUUGUUACAGAGAUAUUACAUAUUUUCUAAUGCCAGAGACCUUAAAAUAUUCCUGUAAAAAUGUUGAUACAUUGUGACAGUUACUUCACUUUUGGUAUAAGGUAAAAUGAGGGUUAGUUUAUGUCCACAUUCAAAACUUUGAAGUGAGACAUUUGUAAAAUCCUGAUUUUAAUUAAAGAAAAAGUUAGUCAUUUAUGAAACUCAGAUGCUAGUCAUCUAAAUAAUAAUAUAUAUUUUCUUGAAAGCCAUAGUGGUUGAAACAGUACUUGAUAUGUUGACUUCCAGUGGUCCAGAGGUUUAGAACAUGUUAGUGUCCUGAACUUCCUUAAGAAUUUAAUUCCUCUUUUAUUAAAAAAAAACAAAAACAACCCACUCAAACAACCUGACACUGUUUAAACUCUUACUAAAGCUACUGGAGUAUCUGUGAUUUUGACACAUGUGAAUCUUUUUCCGUUUAAUAAAAGCAAGUUAUAUAUUUGAAA